AUGCUAUGUAACUUAUUAAUUUACUCAAUUCCAACAAUCUAUGCUUAUUUCUACGCUAAUCCAAUUACAUAUAAUGUUCCUUUUUGUAAAUUUCGUUCGUAUUUCAAUCACAUUACUUCUGUUAUAUUUCGUUUAUUAUUGAGCGCUGCUUCGUUCGAUCGUUUUGCAUUAUCAUCGUCGAAUGCACGUUUGAGAAAUUUCGCCAAUAUCAAUUUCACGUACAAAGUCAUUGCAUCAAUUGUUAUUCUAAUAUUACUUAUACAUAUCUAUAUGUUGAUUUAUUUCAACAUCAAGUCUAAUAGUUGUUACAAUUCUCUCGAUGCAAUUGCGAUUACCUUUAUCAAUAGUUUUUCUUUGCUGAGUUAUUCGUUUAUACCAACAACAUUAAUGAUAGUUUUUGCGAUACGUAUUCGAAAGAAUCUUGAUGAGAAACGACAACGUCGUCAAGGUAUUUUGAAUCAACAAGCAAAAACAAUUGAAAAUCAGAAGAUUCAAUUAAAACGUGAUCGACAGUUAAUCCGAAUGUUAUUUGUACAAAUCAUUGCCUAUAUUAUUAUAACAAUGCCAUUAAUGGUUUACAGUAUCAACAAUAUCAUUACUCCUUAUAUUUCAAAUAAAAAUUCUGAUCAACUGGCAAUAGAAAGUUUCAUAACAAGUAUUUCUGGAGGAUUAUCGUAUGUUUUCCCUGCGGUUUCAUUUUAUCUUUAUACAUUAACAUCAAGUAUGUUUCGUCGAGAAUUAUGGUUGAUGUUACGAUCUUCAUUUUGUUGCCACUGUUUACUGAAAAAUUAUCGUGUUCAACCAACAUUAACAAAUCCAACACAACGAACACAUUCUCUCAAUCGAAAAAAUAUAAACUAA